UGUCUAACUAAACGAGGGACCUCCCCGUGAAAAGUGUCUAAUGCUCGAUCUAGCUAGGGAAUGCCGGGGUACAUAGCCCCGAAUCCCCCUUUAGGUAUUUUGUAAGCGUAUACUUAUAUGUUAAGCGCCCAUCCGCUGAGCGCUUCCAUACCCAAUCUCUUAUUACACAUGAGCUUCCUCGAGGCUGUGUCGCUGACUACAAAACCGAUGAAUGCGCGGGAUCGUUCAUCGCCUCCCAGGCAGUCCGCCGGACACGUCGGCAUUUGCCUUGGAGGACAGUCGCCAAUGAUGGAGGAUAAUAUCGGGAGCUCUGUAGUACAAGUGAGUAGUAUUCACUAUUUACAACCCGUGCUUUUAUCGACACCAACAAUUCCCUUGCCGCGAGACUUCAGCAGUCUUGGAUUCUAUCACCUUUGUGAAGAGAUUUGACUCCGAUAGUCAAUGUGUUCAUUGCAUGUUCCACCAUCUUGUUC